AUGACUCUCUCUCUGACUCAGUGGCAGCAGUCACCAGCAGCAGUCAGCACCAGCUCUGGCGCUAGCCGCACAGUGCUCGUCGCCGCGAGCCACCUGGCCCAUCUCGGUCGCGGACCCCAUCACCAGUUCCCCCUGUCACAGCCCAUCCACAUCGCACAUGACCUACAGCAGCCGAAUCUGAACCUGCAGCAGUUUGUGCUGGUGCAGCCGGGCCAUCCAAUUGCAACGCAGCUGCAGCCGGCACAUUUCAUCAUCUCCCAGACUGCACAGGGUCAGCCUAGUUUCCUGCAGGCCUCAAACCUGCUAACGCAACUACCUCAGAGCCAGGCCAGCCUGCUGCAGGCCCAGCCCAGCAUCACUCUCACCACACAGGCAGCGACGCCGACGCGCACGAUAACGGCCACGCCGAUCCAGCCCCUCACCCAGAGCCAGGCCACGCCCAAGCGCCUGGACACGCCCACUCUGGAGGAGCCGAGCGACCUGGAGGAGCUGGAGCAGUUUGCCAAAACCUUCAAACAGAGACGAAUCAAGCUGGGCUUCACUCAGGGAGAUGUAGGACUGGCCAUGGGGAAACUGUAUGGAAACGAUUUCAGCCAAACCACCAUCUCUCGCUUUGAGGCCCUGAAUCUGAGCUUUAAAAACAUGUGCAAGCUCAAGCCUUUGCUGGAGAAAUGGCUGGGGGAUGCAGAGAACCUGACGCUGGACCACGCCCUGUCCAGCCCCAGCUCUCUGGGCUCGGCGGCCAUGGAGGGGCUGAACCGCAGACGCAAGAGACGCACCAGCAUCGAGACCAACAUCCGCGUGGCCCUAGAGAAGAGCUUCCUGGAGCAGAAUCCCAAACCCUCAUCGGAGGAGAUCGCCAUGAUCGCAGAGCAGCUGAGCAUGGAGAAGGAGGUGAUCCGCGUCUGGUUCUGCAACCGCCGGCAGAAGGAGAAAAGAAUCAACCCCCCCAGCAGCAGCGCCGGCAAGACCAUCUACUCCCCCCCCACCCCCCUGGUGGGCAGUACGGCGGGCCUGGUGACCAGUAACCCCGCGCCCACGCUGACGGUGAACCCGGCCCCGCCCCUCACCAGCACGUCCGGCGCCACUCUGGCGUUCACAGGCGCGAGUCUCGGCGCUUUGGCCAAGAGCACGCCGUUGGCCGUCUCCACGGCGACCGCCGCGGUGACCUCGUCCCCUCUCAGCCCCUCCUCCUCAAAGCCUCAGAGCGCAGGGGCGGAGCCAGCGGGGGCGCCAGAGGCGGGGCAGGUGGUGGUGGCCACGCCCGGUCUCUCCGGUGUCAGUUUAGCUGCCAUGGCCGCGGCCGCCGGACUCAGCCCCGCCCUCAUGACAUCAGCGCAGUUCACCCCGGGUGGCGGGUUGCUGAGUUGGGCCCCUGGGGGGCUCAGUAGUGCUUUGGGGCCCACUCUGAUGAGCAACACCACUCUGGCCACAAUCCAAGCAGCUCUGGCUUCCAGUGGCUCAGUCCCCAUCACGUCUCUGGACAGCUGUGGGAAUCUGCUGUUUGCCAACACCAGUUCGGGCGGCGUGGGGGGGACCCCCGGUCUGCUGCCCGCACCCCUCUUCCUGAGCCCCCAAAACCUGUCGCUGCUGACCAGCAACCCCGUCAGCCUGGUGUCCACCGCCGGAACGGGCGGUGCUCUCAACCUGCAGACCAGCGCCGCCUCCCACGUGGUAACCACGACGACCCCCGCCACCGCCAUCACCGCGGCCUCCAAGGCCCAGUGAGCUGGCAGCCACGCCCCCCCAUCGCCUGCGCCCUCCCUGUUCUCAAUAUUUCAUUAUUUUAAAUAUGUUAAUUUCCUCUGAGCAGGGCUGCGAUUGGAGGCUUUUAUUUUAGGGGGCAACAUAAUGAGAGAAGGGAGUCUCUCUCCAUGGAGUUUGGUGACCAUGGUUACCUGACUGACUGAGGCGGUGUGGUCCUGCUGUGCUUGUGGGGGAAUUGUGGGAAAUGUAGUCCUUCCUGUGGCUUUCCCAUUCCUUCCUGUCCAGGACUGUGUCUGGAAAACUAACUGAAAAUCUAACCAAAAAGACUUCUGAGAGAUUUAUAUUAUUAUGUUAAUAAUGCUUAUCACAGAGUGGGUUGGUGCUCUUGGGCCUCUGUGAUUGGACGUUACUGACGGGUCUCUCGUAGAGGCCACCAAUCACACUGUUUAUGACUGAAGCACAGUGGCGUGGAGGUCGGCCUUCUCUCUGUGCCUCUGUGCCUCUGCUUCCUGCGUCUUCACUGCUGUAUUUGGCACCUCCUAUGUGUGUGUAUGUGCCGUGUGUGAGUGUGUGUGUGUGUGUGUGUGUGCACUAGACAGAAGACUUUAACUUGUGUGGAAGCAUGUUCUGCAGUUUCUCUAUAGAGAAGUACAUAUGUGCAGUCUCUCUAUAGAGAAGUAUGUGUGUGCAGUCUCUAUAGAGCAGUAAGGGUGUGCAGUCUUUGUUGAAUGAAAGGAGGUGUUUCUCCUGGCUUUAGUGAACGCACCGAACGUGCCCUUGUUUCGGGGCCCCCCCAGGGUGUGUUUUGGGGGGGGGGGGGAGCACCCGGACCCCACUGCAGGCACCGGCACCUCUCACAUAUACCAAAAAUUACUGUAGCAAACCUGCCCAUGGGGCUGUCUGCAAGACGGGAGCUUAAUCAUAUAAUUAAUAAUAGUAAUAACAAUAACACUGCAAUAUGUCUGUCAUCCAAAGAGAAGAAUAUAGCUGAUUCACACUGGAGCUCAAUGUGACUCUGCUUGCUCAGAUGUGUGUGUGUGUGUGUGUAACCAGAGAGGGUGAGGAAGGGUUGGGUGUGUUUGGUGUUCAGCAGGGGACACUAGUUGGUUUUUAUUUAAAACGUUUUAAGUGUUGAGUUCAAAACGGUGACCAAUGAAAGGAUGACAAUUCUGAUAUAAUUAAAUCAAUGUAAAUUAAGUUUGUGUUGGCAGAUGUUGGGGUUCAGUGGGUUGGGUGGAUAUAGGGCUUUUAGGUAUGGUUGGGUGUUGGGGUUCAGUGUGUGGGUGGAUGUUGGGGUUCUGGGCAUGAGUGGAUAUAGGGCUUUAGGUAUGGUUGGGUGUUGGGGUUCAGUGUGUGGGUGGAUG